CAUUUUAUUAUCCAUUCAGAAGUAUAUGAUAGGCAGUGCUGGUUAUUUAAAAAACACUUUAGGUUGGCUAAAAAGUCAUUCCGCUUGCUAGUUAGCGUUAUUUUUGCUGCAGUGCUAACGAGAAGACACUCGGUUACAAGUAUGGCCUCUCAAAAUAUGGACCCUGCAACUUCCUCAUCCACAGCCGCUCUGAAAGGCAAUGAGACGGGUGGGAGUGCCGCAAAGGGCUCAGUCACUAAAAGACUUCAACAAGAGCUGAUGACACUAAUGAUGUCUGGACAUAAGGGGAUCUCGGCUUUCCCAGAGUCUGACAACCUUUUUAAGUGGAUCGGAACGAUAGACGGCGCUCAGGGAACAGUUUACGAAGGCCUGAGGUACAAGCUGUCGCUAGAAUUCCCUAGUGGCUACCCUUACAAAGCCCCACGCGUGAAGUUCAUCACAUCGUGUUUCCACCCCAACGUUGACGAUCAGGGAUUCAUCUGUCUGGAUAUCUUGAAAGACAAAUGGUCAGCUCUGUACGAUGUGCGUUCCAUCCUGCUGUCCAUCCAGAGUUUAUUAGGAGAGCCCAACAAUGAGAGUCCCUUGAACACUGCUGCUGCUGAGCUUUGGCAUAACCAGGAAGCAUUCAAAGCCCAUUUGAACUCUACCUACAAGAACUGACCCAAUAUCCUACAAUCCUGCCAUGUGUUUUAUUUUUAAGUGUUUCUUUCUUCUGAUUAUGUAAAUACUGGGUAUCUGUAUAAUAUUUUUAUGUUUGUGUAAACUUUAUGUGAAUAAAGUUUAAUCGUGGCUUUGUUGGUUA